CCUCUGGAAUGCAUCAGCUCACUUAUCUGUGCACAAUCCACACACAACUGGAUGCGCACGAGCAGACUUCACAAGUUGCAAUGUACAUCUGUUUAUAGCCUGGCAGCCUCACAGAAAGCUUUCAGUCACUUUUCUUCUUUUCCGCAGUUUGCUUCUGAACGUUUUUACCUGCAAGUAAAAGUGCAGACAGUCCUCUGUCGGGUCCCAGGCGAAUCUCCUAUCCGGGAGACAAGCUUUGACUCCAGACAGGAGAGGUCGACAGGGCUGUUAAACUACAUAAGGUGAAUUCCCUUCACUGAAGUCGUACAACUUGAGAGUGGAUAUGCCAGAAAUGAAGCGCGGAGGACGGUUGCUGCAGUUGACCGUGGCUCUGGUGGCUUUGCUGUCGCUCUGCGCCGAGUAUGGACACGCAGCAGAGCUGGAGGACACCGAAGUCACCGAGCUGUCGACGAAGCAGACCGACACCAGAGCCAAUAGGGCCAAGAGGAGGGGAGGGACGGACGUUCUCAGAGGACCAAAUGUGUGCGGCUCAAGAAAUAACGCCUACUGCUGCCCAGGUUGGAAGACUCUGACUGGAGGAAACCAGUGCAUUGUUCCCAUCUGCCGGAGCUCAUGUGGAGAUGGUUUCUGCUCCAGACCCAACAUGUGCACCUGUCCCAACGGUCAGAUCGCCCCAUCCUGUGGAUCCAAGUCAGUCCAGCACUGUAACAUUCGGUGUAUGAAUGGCGGAACAUGUGCAGAGGACCAGUGCUUGUGUCAGAAAGGCUACGUAGGAAAUCACUGUGGUCAACCGGUAUGUGAAAAUGGCUGUCUUAACGGAGGAAGGUGCGUGGCUCCCAACAGAUGUGUGUGCACGUACGGCUUCACCGGGGCUCAGUGUGAGCGAGACUAUCGCACUGGGCCGUGCUUUGCCUCAGUAAGUAACCAGAUGUGCCAAGGACAGCUCACAGGCAUUGUGUGCACAAAGACUUUGUGCUGUGCCACAGUGGGACGGGCGUGGGGUCACCCCUGUGAGAUGUGCCCAGCCCAGCCUCACCCCUGCCGAAGAGGGUUCAUACCAAACCACCGCACCGGAGCAUGCCAAGAUGUGGAUGAGUGCCAGGCCAUCCCUGGCAUCUGUCAAGGAGGAAACUGUAUCAACACUGUUGGAUCCUUUGAAUGUAAGUGCCCCGCUGGGCACAAGUUCAACGAGAUCUCACAGAAAUGUGAAGAUCUGGACGAGUGCUCAAACAUUCCAGGUAUUUGCGGUGUGGGUGAAUGCUCUAAUACUGUCGGCAGCUACUUCUGCAAAUGCUCCCAGGGGUAUUACACCUCAGUGGAUGGAUCCAGGUGUAUAGAUGCUCGUGGUGGGUACUGCUACGCCAGCGUGUUGAACGGGCGCUGCGCCAACCAAAAUUCACAGCUGUUGACCAAAAUGCAGUGCUGCUGUGAUAGUGGACGCUGCUGGUCUGACGGGUCCACCCCUGAAAUUUGCCCCAUCCGUGGAACAGAAGAGUACCAGAAACUUUGCAUUCAGAUACCUGACACAACUAUACCAGGUCGUGUCCCAGGGAUCCCUGAUAUACCUGGAAUCUACCCAGUUCCAUAUCCUGCACAUACUCCUGGGCAAGGUCCUCAAAUUCCAGGGCAGAUUCCAGGGCAGAUUCCAGGGCAGAUUCCAGGAGUGUUUCCGGGACUGUUUCCAGGACAACAACCUAUACAGCCUCCUUUGCCAGGCCCUGUUAUUAUCCAAACCCAGAAUAUCACCAACAUGUGCCAAGCCUUCCGCAACCUCUGCCCGAAUGGCAGGUGUAUCCCCGUGCCAGUCGUUGGGUUUCGCUGUGAGUGCAACAUGGGCUUCAACUUGAACGAACAAGGAGAGUGCGUCGAUAAUAAUGAAUGUACGAGGAGCCCAUGCGCACAUGGAGAAUGUGUGAACACGGCUGGAUCUUACAUCUGUCAGUGUCCUGCUGGAUUUCAGUCGACCUCAACCAAGACAGAGUGCCGAGAUCUGGACGAGUGUGUGGCCAACGGUCGUAUUUGCAACAACGGCCGCUGUGUGAACACUGAAGGCAGCUUCCACUGUGUCUGUAAUGCUGGAUUUGAAAUUUCUCAAGAUGGCAAAAACUGUCAAGACAUGGACGAGUGUCUGAUCAGGAACAUGUGCCUCAAUGGACUGUGCAUCAAUGAAGAUGGCAGCUUCAAAUGCAUCUGCAAACCUGGAUUCUAUCUUGACACCAGUGGACGCAUGUGUGUAGACAUUGAUGAAUGUGAGACUCCAGGCAUGUGCAUGAACGGCCACUGCGUCAACACUGAGGGGUCCUUCCGCUGUGAGUGUAUGGCCGGGAUGGCAGUGGGCCUGGAUGGACGGGUCUGUGUUGACACACAUAUGCGCAGUACGUGCUAUGGUGGCUACAAGCGAGGGCAGUGUGUUAAGCCUUUAUUUGGAGCUGUGACCAAGUCAGAGUGCUGCUGUGCCAGCACAGAAUACGCCUACGGAGAGCCCUGCCAACCAUGCCCACCACAAAGCUCUGCUGAGUUCCUGGUUCUGUGCCCCACUGGCAUCGGAACAACCGGCGAUGGACGAGAUAUUAACGAGUGUGCCCUCGACCCUGAGAUCUGCCAGAAUGGAGUGUGUGAGAACACGCCGAGGACGUACAAAUGCGCCUGCAAUGCAGGUUUUGAAGUAGACCUGACAGGGAAAAUCUGUGUUGAUGUCGAUGAGUGUCUGAUGAACAGGUUGCUGUGUGAAAAUGGUCUGUGCAGGAACACACCUGGGAGUUUCACCUGCCAGUGUCCCAAGGGAUUUCGCUUUGAUCCUGAGACAGACGUCUGCGAGGAUGUGAAUGAGUGUGAGUCUAGCCCUUGUAUUAAUGCGGAUUGUGUGAACAGCCAAGGGUCCUUUGUGUGCUUGUGUUCAACGGGCAGUUCCCUGGAUAGCACUGGGCUGGAGUGCAUAGAGACUACUAAGAGCACUUGCUGGCUGAAGAUCAUCAACAAUCGCUGUGAGGUCAACAUCAACGGGGCCACACUUAAGUCCCACUGCUGUGCCACACUGGGAGAAGCUUGGAACAGCCCAUGUGCCAAAUGUGAAAAAGAUCCAAUCUGUAGUAAAGGCUUUUCUAGAGUCAAAGGAAACAUCUGUGAAGAUGUGGAUGAGUGUCAAGUAUUUCCUGGAGUGUGCAUCAAUGGCAAAUGCAUCAACACACCGGGCUCCUUUUUCUGCCAGUGUCCUCCGGGAAUGACUGUAGAUGUCAGCGGCAGGAUGUGCAUCGACCUGCGUACGGAGCUGUGCUACCUCACACAUGAGGAUGAGCGCUGUGGGACUCCCAUCCCUGGGAGGCACCGUGUGGAUGCCUGCUGCUGCUCAGUUGGCGUUGCCUGGGGUCCUGAAUGUGAUGAGUGUCCGGAAAAAGGCACUCCAGAAUUUAACCAGCUCUGUCCUCGGGGCCCAGGCUUCUCGCACAGGGGUGACUUCAUUAACGGCAGGCCCUUCCUUAAAGAUAUAAAUGAAUGCAGGAUGAUAAGCACUCUGUGCUCUAAUGGGAGGUGCAGAAACACCAUUGGUAGCUUUCGUUGUCGCUGUGAUAACGGCUAUGCUCUGGACUCUGAUGAGAGGAAUUGUACUGACAUCGAUGAGUGCCGCAUCUCUCCGGACCUGUGUGGACCGGGCACCUGUGUCAAUACACCUGGAGAUUUUGAGUGCGAGUGCUUUGAAGGUUAUGAGAGUGGCUUCAUGAUGAUGAAAAACUGCAUGGACAUCGAUGAGUGUGAGAGAAACCCUCUGUUGUGCCGAGGAGGUGAGUGCUUAAACACAGAGGGCAGCUUCCAGUGCGUCUGCCCGGAGGGACAUGAGAUCGCACCCGAUGGAUCGGCCUGUUUAGAUAUCAAUGAAUGUGAGUUGAGCGACAGGCUGUGCAAGAAUGGCCAGUGUGUGAAUAUGAUCGGCCGAUACCAGUGUACCUGCGACACAGGAUACAAAUCCACUGAGAACAGACUGGAGUGCGUCGACAUCGAUGAGUGUACCAUUGAGAACGGGGGCUGUGAGACUUUCUGCACCAACUCAGAGGGAAGCUAUGAAUGCAGCUGCCGCCCUGGGUACGCACUGAUGCCCGAUCUAAGAAGCUGUACUGAUAUCGAUGAAUGUGAAGAGAGCCCAGACAUCUGUGACGGGGGCCAGUGUACGAACACACCGGGGACUUACCAGUGUCUGUGUUUUGAUGGCUUCAUGUCAUCUGAGGAUUUGAAGACCUGCCUGGAUGUGGAUGAGUGCGAGUUAAACCCGAACAUCUGUCUGAGUGGAAACUGUGAGAACACCAAGGGAUCCUUCAUCUGCCACUGUGACCUGGGCUACUCUGUGCGCAAAGGAACCACAGGCUGCACAGAUAUCAAUGAGUGUGAGAUCGGAGCCCAUAAUUGCGAUAGACAUGCAACCUGCACCAACACAGCCGGCAGUUUCAAGUGUAAUUGUGCUCCGGGGUGGAUUGGCAAUGGUCUUAAAUGCACAGACCUGGAUGAGUGUUCGAAUGGGACACACAUGUGCAGCAACAACGCAGACUGUCUCAACACCAUGGGCUCCUAUCGAUGUGUGUGCAAGGACGGAUUCUCUGGAGAUGGAUUCUAUUGCUCAGAUAGCGAUGAGUGUGCAGAGAACAGCAACCUGUGUGAAAAUGGCCACUGUCUGAAUCUGCCAGGAGGCUUCCGCUGCGAGUGUGACAUGGGCUUCAUCACCACUCCUGACGGCAAGGCCUGCGAGGACAUAGAUGAAUGUACCUUUGCUGACAUCUGUGUCAAUGGACGCUGCCAGAAUAUCCCGGGACUUUUUAGAUGUGAAUGCAGCAUUGGUUAUGAACUGGACAGAAGUGGAGGCAACUGCACAGAUAUCAAUGAAUGUGCUGACCCGACCAUCUGUAUUAAUGGAAUGUGCGUUAAUAUCCCUGGAAGCUACCACUGUAACUGCCCACCAGACUUUGAACUCAAUCCCACUCGGGUGGGCUGCGUAGACACUCGCUCUGGUAGUUGCUUUCGGGAUGUUCGUUUGCGAGGAGAUGCCUCAGAAAGUUUGGACUGCUCCAAUGAGAUUGGAGUUGGUGUCUCCAAGGCGUCCUGUUGCUGCUCCAUGGGCCAGGGCUGGGGAAAUCCAUGUGAAUUAUGCCCACCUGUAAACUCAUCUCAGUACAAGACUCUGUGUCCUGGAGGCGAAGGUUUCCGACCAAACCCCAUCACUGUCAUCUUGGAAGACAUCAAUGAGUGUCUGAUAUUGCCAGGCUUGUGCCAGGGAGGACGGUGCAUCAACACAUUUGGUAGUUUCCAAUGUGAAUGUGAGAGAGGUUUUGCCCUCAACCUGGAAACCAGAGUUUGUGAAGAUGUCGAUGAGUGUGAACGGCCAGGCAUCUGUGGCCCCGGCCAGUGCUACAACACCAUCGGGAACUACACCUGUAUCUGCCCCGUGGAUUACAUGCAGGUCAAUGGAGGGAACAACUGCAUGGACAUGAGGAAGAGCUACUGCUUCAGGAACUUUUAUUCUGACAACCGGACAUGUGACGGGGAGCUGACCUUCAACAUGACCAAAAAGAUGUGCUGCUGCUCCUACAACAUUGGCCGUGCGUGGAAUAAACCCUGCGAACAGUGCCCCGUGCCCAGCAGCGAUGAGUUUGCGAUCCUGUGCGGCAGUGAGAGACCAGGAUACUAUAUUGACAUCACCACUGGACAGAUUAUUGAUAUCGAUGAGUGCAGGGAAAUCCCGGGAAUCUGUGAGAAUGGCGUGUGCAUCAACAUGGUUGGCAGCUUCAGGUGCGAGUGCCCCAUUGGCUUCAUCUACAACGACAAGCUGCUGAUUUGUGAAGAUAUUGAUGAGUGUCAGAAUGGACCGGUGUGCCAGCAGAAUGCAGACUGUCUGAACUUGCCCGGAAGCUUCCGAUGCGAGUGUAAAGCUGGAUAUCGCUUCACUCCCACUGGGCAGUGUCUUGACCGUAACGAGUGCAUCGAGAACCCUGGCAUAUGCAAUCCUGGUCAGUGCAUUGACACGUUGGGAAGCUAUCGCUGCUUCUGCCCCAGUGGCUUCAAAACAACUCGGGACCAGUCAAUGUGUGUCGACGUGGACGAGUGUGAGAAACAGCCUUGUGGAAACGGGACCUGUAAGAACACAGUAGGCUCCUACAACUGUCUCUGCUACCCCGGCUUUCAAAACUCGCACAACAGCGACUGCAUAGAUGUCGACGAGUGUGCGACGCAGAGGGGCUUGUGUCGAAACGGGCUGUGUGUGAACACAGUGGGUACAUUCCACUGUGUGUGCAAUGACGGCUAUGAGCUCACUUUAGAUGGCAGGCUGUGUGUAGAUAUUAAUGAAUGUGCAGUGAAUCCAGGCAAAUGUGGUGCAGGAACUUGCCUGAAUUUGGAUGGCUCUUACAGGUGUAUCUGCCCAUCCGGCUACCACCUCCAUGGGGAAACCUGUAAAGAUAUUGAUGAGUGCGCCCAGUCACCUGAGAUCUGUCAAUAUGGAACCUGCUCUAACACUGAAGGAAGCUUCAUCUGCUUGUGCCCCGAGGGCUUUCAGCUCUCUGCGUCCGGACGCAGAUGUAUAGAUAUCCGUGUGAACUACUGCUAUACAAAGUUUGAAAAUGGGCGCUGUCUUGCUCCAAAGCCUCAAAACACUACUAAGGAAGCGUGCUGCUGCACCGGCAUGCCUGGUCAAGGCUGGGGAGACCCCUGUGAAAUCUGCCCCAACAAAGAAGAGGAGGCGUAUCGCGUUCUCUGUCCCAAUGAGGGAUAUGAACGGGGACCAGAUGACCAUCCGAAAGAUAUUGAUGAAUGCAUCAAUGAUCCUUGUAUUAAUGGCCAAUGCAUUAACACGGACGGCUCUUUCCGCUGUGAGUGUCCCAUGGGAUACCACCUUGACAUCAGUGGAGUCAGAUGUGAAGACACUAAUGAGUGUGAGGUUGGCAGUCCCUGUGGUAACGGCACAUGCACUAAUGUCAUUGGAGGAUUUGAGUGUACGUGUGAUGACGGCUUUGAGCCUGGGCCAAUGAUGACCUGUGAAGACAUCAACGAGUGCGCCCAGAAUCCUCUGCUGUGCGCCUUCCGCUGUGUUAAUGUAGUGGGCUCGUACGAGUGUAAAUGCCCCACAGGCUACGUGCUGCGUGAGGACAGGAGGAUGUGCAAAGACCAAAAUGAGUGUGAAGAUGGUAUAGAUGACUGUGCCAGCAGAGGCAUGACCUGCAAGAACCUGAUUGGUACAUAUAUGUGCAUCUGUUCACCUGGAUACACGCGCAAGCCCGGCGGAGAGGGUUGCAUGGAUCUGAAUGAGUGCUCAGUCAAACCAGGUAUCUGUAAGAACGGCCGUUGUGAGAACACAGUAGGAAGUUACCGAUGCAGAUGUGACCAAGGAUUCAUCCCUAACCCCACUCAGACAGAAUGUAUUGAUAACCGUGAAGGCGUCUGUUUCACUGAAGUUCUGACCACUCUGUGUCAGAUGACUUCUACUAACAGGAUCCCAGUGACCAAGUCAGAGUGUUGCUGUGAUGGGGGCAGAGGCUGGGGCACCAACUGUGAGCUCUGCCCCUUGCCAGGGACUACCCAUUACAAGAAGAUGUGUCCUCUGGGACCUGGGUACACCACUGAUGGAAGAGAUAUUGAUGAGUGUCGUGUGAUGGGGAACUUGUGCAGGAAUGGUCAGUGUAUCAACACUUUGGGCUCCUACAGUUGCAUUUGCAAUCCUGGCUACACUAUUGACAUCACCAGCACACUGUGUGUGGAUGUGGAUGAGUGCAUACAGGCACCAAAGCCUUGUAACUUUAUCUGUAAGAACACAGAGGGAGGGUACCUCUGUUCCUGCCCCCGAGGAUACAUCCUUCAGGAGGAUAGAAAGAGCUGCAGAGAUCUGGAUGAGUGUUCGACCAAACAGCAUAACUGUCAGUUCUUAUGUGUUAACACCAUCGGUGGCUUCACCUGCAAAUGUCCUCCCGGCUUCACCCAGCACCACACUGCCUGCAUUGACAACAAUGAAUGUGCAACAGACCCCAAUCUGUGCGGCUCCAAUGGUGUCUGCCAGAACACUCCGGGCAGCUUCAAUUGCGAUUGCCAGCGGGGAUUCUCAUUAGAUCCCAGCGGACAAACUUGUGAAGAUAUGGAUGAGUGUGAUGGUUCGCACAGGUGUCAACAUGGCUGUCAGAACUUAGUAGGUGGAUACAGGUGCAGCUGUCCCCAAGGCUACCUGCAGCACUACCAGUGGAAUCAGUGUGUUGAUGAGAACGAGUGCCUGAACAGCCAGAUCUGCGGGGGAGCGUCAUGCCACAACACCCUGGGGAGUUUCCGUUGCCUUUGCCCCACCGGCUUCAACUACGAGCAGACCGCUGGAGGCUGCACGGACAUCAACGAGUGCUCCACGAGCCAGAACCCGUGCAAGUUUGGCUGUUCAAACACAGAUGGGGGAUACUUAUGUGGAUGUCCACCUGGGUACUUCCGUGCGGGGCAAGGACACUGUGUCACAGGUUUGGGCUUUACAAGUGCUGGGCAGGGAGGUGAGAUGGAGGAUAAUUCACUCUCACCUGAGGCCUGCUAUGAAUGUAAAAUCAAUGGCUAUCCCAAGAAGGGACGCAAACGCCGCAGCAUCAACUCAACGCAGGAAGAUCCUCUGGAAGACAUGCAGCUAACUGAGACAGAGGUGGUCAGCCUGGCCAGUGUGGACAUAGAAGACACUCUCCAGUUCCACCUGAACAUCAGUGACCUGAGCAACCGGGACCACAUCCUCGAGUUCACCCCGGCCUUAACCACACUCAGCGAACACGUGCGCUACAGCAUCGACUACGGGAACGAGGAAGGCUACUUCAAAGUCAGCCAGAGGGAGGGUGUCACCUACCUGCAUUUGAGCAAGAAGAAGGGCCUCGCGCCUGGCGCAUACGACCUUCAGAUCAGUAGUAUGCCCCUCUACAGGAAGAAGGAGCUGGCUGAGCUGGAGGACCAGCAUGAUAAAGACUACCUCACAGGACAGCUGGGAGACAUACUGAAGAUGAGGGUGCAGAUCAUCCUCCAUUAACCAUGACAAGACUGAGAGAGGCAGAUGCUGCCAACAGCUGCUAAUCCAGCGUCAGGCUCACACUCUCCAAAGGCCAAACAUUUCUGACUCUGGGUCAGCAGCUAAGGGGCAACUUCUACUCACUCCAACCGGGAGAAGGGCUCACCACCAAAGAGACAAGAAGGGGGUGGGGGUGGGGGAUUGACUGCUCUGUGUCAUUCGAUUACCAAAGAUGAUUCUGCAUAUCAUGGGUACAAUUUCUGUGGAAAGUACCAGCUGAACAAGGCAGUAUGAAAGAUUCCAGUCAAAUGAAGCGCGUAUUGCCCUGACACACAACUCCAGCUGUGUUUAAAGCACUAUUGAGGGUGUGAAUAGGGUUUUUAAUUGUAGGGUUUAAUGUUGUAUAAUGAUAUGUGGAAUCAGAUGCCACAUUGAAGGGCUUGUGGACUGCAGAAAGCUCUAAGGGCCGAGUUUUUUUUUUUGUUUGGUUUGUUUUUAGAACUCAGCUUGAGUGGAAAAAAGUAGGCGAGUCCCAAUAGUCUGGAAUAAUUUCAUUUCCUCCCCUCAGGUAAAUGACUAAGCAAACCUGGACACGCAGAAGUUAACACAUUUCUUUAUCCCCCCCCCCAAAUAAUUUAAAGGAGUGGAGAUGAAAAAAAUUGAGAAUGCUUAGGAGAGGAAAGGAACCCACUAUUAUGGACUAUUGAGAUGUAGCCAUGUCUGAGCUUGAACGACUCCUACUGCGUAUUUGAACUAUGCUUUUCCAUCUUUCCUACUGACUAGAAUAAGUCAUAUUUACUGGUGCUAGCAACACAUCCACAUAGACUUUUGAAUGCACUGUGCUAUCAUACAAAACUCAGUAGUGAACAAGAUACAAUCCAUCGGCCUCUCUGAAGGCUUCAUGUCUUUGCAACAAUAACAGCUAGCUUCAUAGCCUGCCUGCUCUCCUCUAUACUACAUGUAAAUUGUGUUUAUACUGUAAUAAUCAAUGCCACUUUUAAUCUAUGAAGCUUUUGUAAACUAGAGGAAGCCCCUGGAAUAGAGGGGGGGGUUGUAAUGGUGCUUAUAAUGACCAACUACUUCCUUUGUAAACUGUGUAUACAUACACACACACACACACACACACACACACACACACACACACACACACACACACACACACACACACACACACAAAAACACAUUGAUGAUGCCAAACCUGGGCCUUCAUGAUUAUGCACUGAGGCCUUCGUGGCCACAUAUUCUCUCACAGGUCAAAAUCAGUGCUGCAUUGCCACGGACCAGCCUGACACCAGUCUGUGUUCCAUGUUCACAUCAGUGAGGGUUUAGAUGUAAAUUCACAAUAAAAACUUUUUUUUGGAGUACAUGUA